CUUUCUUAUUGGUCCAUGCAGCAUUCUUUCUCGUUACUAAUAUUCCUUUUUCUCCCCCGCAGGAAGGGCGAGGACGGACUGUGGGAUGUGGACAACGGCCAAGCCACGGAGACCAACGCCACGCAGUUUACGGUCACGAACCUGCAGCCCUUCACCGUGUACUCCUUCAGGGUGGUGGCUGUCAACGCCCUCGGGAUGAGCCAGCCCUCCAUCAAGUCCUACUACAUGAUAACCUUGAGAGAGCUGCCGGAAGGGAAACCAAUCUUCACGGCGGCCCACAACGCUUCGUCCACUAGUCUGGAGCUACACUGGAAGGCGCCCAACUACUCCACUAUACACGGGGAGUUCUUGGGCUACCAGAUCCUGCUCCGGCCGAGGGAUAUAGUCAGCCCGCGGGACGACCAAGUGGUGAACGUUACCAUCAGGGAUCCGACAGUGACCAGUCACAAGGUCACAAACCUGAGGACAUACACUCAGUACCUGGUGUCGCUACAAGUGAUCAACCCUGAAGGACUGGGACCCACUUCCACUGUAGCUGUCAUGACCGACGAGGGCGUGCCGGGUCCGCCUGAGAACCUUACGCUGAUUCGGGUUCAUGACCGCUCGGUGGACCUUCAAUGGAACCAGCCCACGCAGCCCAAUGGGGAGAUACGAGGCUAUCGUGUCUACUUCAUGAAGGGCAACUACACCAGCGUGAAGACGGUCCGGUCCAGCGAGCCCAGCAUCCAGUUCACCCUGCCUGGUCUAGAACCCAACACUCAGUUCCGGGUAUGGACAAAAGCCUACACGCAGCGGCACGAGGGCAAGUCUUCGCAGCCCGUGAUCGUGUCCACAGACCUCUCAGGGCCAGGCGCCCCCACCAUAUCCAACCUCAGCUGCCAGGCCAAUGGGGACAUUUACCUGCAGUGGCUGAGGCCAGAGAAACUCUACGGCACUGUCGAUCUCUACUAUAUCUACUACCGGCCAGAGGAUUCUUUCGAGUUCGAGGAAAUUGCUGUGAAUUCCGUAAACAACCGCAAGGAGCACAAUUUCCUGCUCACUAACCUCAGCUACAAUACUAUGUAUGAGGUAAAGGUCCGGGGAGGAACAUACUCUCGCUUCUUCUCUGAGAACAACAAGACUUACAAGGGACCAUUCUCACACCCUCGAAAAAUUUUGCUCUACCCGGACUGCCACAAGAGGCCUCACCCAGAGCAGGGUGCAGGCUUUGAGAUGAGUGCUGGCAUUAUUGCUGGCAUUAUUUGUGCUACGUUCGCCCUUUUCCUCCUCGUGGUUGCUAUGAUCAUUUGGAGGCAAGUGCAUAAACGCCAAAAGCAACGAUUCUUUCAAGGAGCCUACAAUUACCUUGAUGACCCUCCCAAAACUGUUCCUGCUCUCGUGCAUGACUGGGAAAAUGACACGGGUGGUGAGGGUUCCUAUGGCCCUAUAGAUGUGCACGACUUUGCCAAGCACGUGGCUGAUCUGCAUGCUGACGGAGACAUUGGAUUUUCCAAGGAGUAUGAGGCAAUACAAGCAGCCUCAGCACAGGAGCAUCAUCCAGCAGAACACUCGCAGCACCCGGAAAACAAACAAAAGAAUCGAUACCUGAAUAUAGUUGCUUACGACCAUACACGUGUACCCUUGAGGCCUCUGCCAGGUCAGAAGAAAGCAAUUGAAUAUGUGAAUGCAAAUUACAUUGAUGGUUACGAGAAAGCAAGAGCAUACAUUGGAACCCAGGGUCCUCUGCCUUCCACAUUUGAUACCUUCUGGCGGAUGGUGUGGGAACAGCAUGUCCACAUAAUCGUUAUGAUUACAAAUCUUGUGGAAAGAGGACGGGAAACUGUUAAAAAACAGCCAAAGCUAGCUACCCAAUGCCUAGAGAAGAAGUGCGACCAGUAUUGGCCUAAAGAAGGAAGUGAACACUAUGGUUUAAUACAAGUUCGAUUAGUACAUGAGGAGGUUCUUGCCACAUACACCAUAAGGAAGUUUGCUAUAAGACACAUGAAGGUUAAAUGUAAGAAAUCUGGAGGAGGUGAGCGCAUACUGUUUCAAUAUCAUUACACAAACUGGCCAGACCAUGGCACUCCAGACCAUCCCUUGCCUGUCCUCUCCUUUGUCCGAAAGUCAGCGGCAGCCAACCCAGAAGAUGCAGGUCCAAUUAUAGUUCACUGCAGCGCUGGCGUGGGCAGAACAGGCACUUACAUAGUGCUUGACGCCAUGCUACAGCAUAUUCGUGCUAAGGGACGUCUAAAUAUAUGGGGUUUUCUUAAACACAUUCGCACACAGCGAAACUUUCUUGUGCAAACUGAAGAACAGUAUAUAUUUAUUCAUGAUGCCCUGUUGGAAGCCAUCCAGAGUGGAGACACUAAUAUUCCUAGUGGUGGGGUCAGCAGAUAUAUCCGCAUGCUGCAGGCCCCAGACAACUCACAAGAGAAGCCUCAAUCUUGGUAUCUUCUAAGUCAUCAAUACAAGCUCAUCACUCAUUUCCAGCCCCGAGACUUCAAUGUAGUGAGUGCCAUGAAGCCUGUGAACCGGGAGAAAAACCGCAGCACCGACCACUUGCCAAUGGAGAAUGGUCGAGUGCACCUCACUCCCAAGCCAGGUGUAGAUGGCUCUGACUACAUCAAUGCCACCUGGCUUAUGGGGCAUCAGAGGUUGCGGGAGUUCAUUAUCACACAGCAUCCACUGCCAAAUACUAUUCUUGACUUCUGGCAGAUGGUUUGGGACCACAAUGCCCAGACAGUAGUUGUUUUAACUACUGUGGAUGAGGAUCAAGGAUUCCCACAGUUCUGGCCAGCCCAACAUGAUGAUUUUGACUCUGAGCACUGGAAGGUUCGGUACUUGGAGGAAAAGUUAAACUCAGGGUUAAUGACUGUGGAAGUUGCUGUACAAAGUCUUCAGGACGACUAUGAACUGCCUGUGAGAUUGAUCCACGCACCAAGUUGGCCCCAUACCCUCCCUGCCCUUACCACCACCCUCAGCCUUGUGUCACUAGUUUCUGAGGCCCAUACAAAUUACCAGAAUGGUCCUCUAAUAGUUGUUGAUAGAUUUGGUGGCACAGAAGCAGCAACAUUCUGUUCCUUAACAACACUCAGAAGCCAGAUGGAGUUCGAACAGCACCUGGACACAUACAUGUAUUGCAAGCUCUACCACAACAGACGACCCAGCAUAUGGACUAGUCAAGAUGAUAUUCUGUUUAUUUACCGAGCCAUGGAGUCUUAUAUAGAAAGUGAAGGAAGCCAUAGUGGAAGCAGCAGUGACAUGGCAGGACUCAAUGAUCCAAUCAUUACCAUGCCUCCUGUCACCACCAUUACUCCAGUGGCACCACUCACACCAAAGGCUCCUCCAUCACCACUUCCACUCAGCACCCCACCAUCUACACCCUCUGCUCCAGCUCUCCCCACUGUCAGCACCCCACCCAGUACUUGUGCUAAUGGUCAGGUGCCCUCCAAUGGACAUGCAAUGCUUACAGGUAAUGGGACGAUACGAGUCCCUCCAGAAGGCAUGGAGGAUACACCUCAGGCAACAGAAAUCCCUCCAGUCUAAGGAAAACACUAUGAAGUAAUUAAUACUGAUUUACUCUUUUAUAGUCGAGACAUUCUAAUAGACAGUGCAUGGAUGCACAGUGCAUAAGUGAGACUGUGUGGUAUGUUUAUUAGUGUGAGAGAUUUGUGGACAUCACACAUGGUGAUGUUUAAUUUGAAAAAAAAAUACAUAUAUUCCUUUGGCAAUAUAACUGAAGUGAUAAGAAAAUUUGAAAUAUUUGAGAAAAUUUCAGCUCUCACUGCAUUCACCUGAAAUGAAAACACGUAAAUGCAUUUAAUGUACUUUAAAAAAGACAUACUGUAUUUAGUUGUAAGUGAUCCAUUUGUCCAGGAAACUUGUGGUCUUGAGUGACCAUUAGUAAGAAGAGAAAAGAAUUGUGUAAUGGGGCACUCUUGGUGCCACUUUCACUUCUUGCCUCAAUUUGAGGCCUUAAGAGAACUCUAUUUCCAAACAGUCAUUAUAUAUAUAU